AUACUAAUCACAGAUAUAUAUAUGAAAUAUAUUUUAUGUAUAUUGUGGUAGUAGUAGCAUAGUACCCAUUGCCCAUAGAAUAUCAUGUUUUUGGUGUUUGUAUCAAUUGGCCAUUCAAAUUUGGGAAUUUAAAUUAUCAACAAUUAAUAUUAUGAUAUGUUUGUGAAUUUGUGGUAAAUAAUUAUUAUUUCAAUACAAUAUGUACGUUUCAUUUCAUGUUUCUACUUUCUAAUAUGCUUAUAAAAUAGAUACCCACCAAUAAAUUACAAAUAUUCUUGAUUUUUUUUCAUUGUCAACAUUUUGAAAAGGUAAAACUUGAUUCACUUAUUACUUGUUUUAAAUUAUUUAAUUGCAAUAAUGAUUUACGUUUUACUUUAGUGCAAGAAAAUGUCUGAUUGUGUUGAAAACAUGGAUCAUAACACAAAAUUCUGUGAUCAUACAAAUGAUAUUGAAAUUGAUGAAGUUUAUGAUGAAUUAGACAAAUUAAUCGACUCUGUGGAAACUGAAGAAAGAGAAUUACUGGUUAGUACUUGCUUAGUAUUUUUCUUAUUAUUAUAUUCAAAUGUAAUUAUAACGACUAAAUUGUUUAUGUAUAAUUCAAAUUUAUUUAUUUUUUUUUUUUAGUAGCUUAUUUUUUUAGUUAUUAUAUUUUUUUACCAUUAAAACUAAAGGUGCACAUUAUAUAAAUUAUGAGCCCAAAGUGAAAGUGGUUACUAUUACAAUGCAUUUAUUUUUGAUUAACUGUUGAGUAAUUGGUAUUAAAAUGAUUUAUAUGUUAUUUAAUAAGCCGAUCAUUUAAAAAAGAUCUAUGUGUUGUACUUUACAGAAUCGAUUUAUUAAAUUACUUAGUAAUAAUAUAUACUUAAUAUAUUCUAAAAUAUCAACAAGAACAACAAUCAUUUUAAUCUUAAUUCUGAAAUCUAUUGUGUUAUUUAAAUUUGAUGUUAGUGAGCGCCAAAACUCUUGUAGUGUUGCAAAGCAAAAAUAAGAAUAAGACUUUUAAUUAUAUUGAAUGAAUUUUUAGUGCUUGGACCUUUUGUCCAACAAUAAAAAAAAAUGAACCCACACUUUUUGUCUGACCAGACUUUUUGACCAUGAAUUUUUGUCUGGAUUUUCUGUCCAGUAUAAUAAACAAUAAAGAAAAAAAAUGAUAUAAUUUUGACCAGCACCAAGGUAUGUGUAUCAAAACACAGUAAGCGUGUUAAAUGUUUUAAAAAAUUUUAUUUUAUUUUAAUUGGACGUUAUAUAAAUGUUACUUAGUAAGAAAACUUUUAUGCAUACACAAACAAGUAUAUACCUACACUCAUUAGAAGUAAUUGAAAACAAGUGUGGUUUAAAUGCUGUGAUUUGCUCCAUCCAAAGUUAAAUAAAUUUAUAAACAACAUUCAAAACUAUGAAGCCAGAUAAUUCUUAACAAAAAAAGGGAUUAAGAUUUUUACUAUCCAGUUAUUUCUAUCAACUUUGUAGUACAUUUGAUUUUUUGAUAGUCACUAUUUAUAUAGUUUUACGAUAAUAUAUUUAUUAAAAUUUACUACUAAUUUAAUUUACUACCCGGAAUUAUAUAUAUUUGCAUGUUUUUACAUAGUGUAUGCACGUUGAUUGAGAUUUGAAAUGUCUACAAUUCAUAUCACACCGAAUUUAAAUACUAAAUUUGACUUUGUAUAUUUUGCAUAUUCGGAGGAUUAUUGUAUACUAGUUUAUAAAUGCAUAAAACAUACAUAUAAUGUGUAUUUAUUAUUGAUAAAUCCAUUUUAAUGGAGAAAAAAAAAUGUUAGCAUUGUUUCUCAGAAGAAUUUUGUUAAAAUAUUAUUAUAUUUGCCACAGUAUAUGAAAUCAGAGCUCUAACCUAUGGCUCACAAUCACGUAUGUCAUGGUGUUAUCAUUUUAUGAAUUUGUUUUUCAUUCUUGUCGUGUGUGAUGUGUUGUUAUAUUUUAAAAUCUUGCGUGGUAAAAAGCAUGUAAUUUUAGUUUUAUUAUUUUGAAAGUUUAUUGUUAGGUUUUUAGAUGUUAUUUCAAAUAAUAUAAUAUAUAAUAAAUGAUUACUAAGUUUAUUACUAUUCUUGGUGUAAAAAUGGUGUUUUAUUUUUUUAAACAUAUUUUAUUAAGUAUAUUAUAAUGCAUAUAACUGUAUGUAGCCACUUUUUGUAAGCAUAUUUGCAUCAUAUUUAACAAUUUUCAAAUGCAUUUAAUUCUGAGCUCUAGUUAAAACUCAUAAAUAUUAAAUCUUAUAUUAGUGUUAUGCAUAUUAAAAUUUCUAGAAAAAUAUUCUCCAUUAAAAUCUAUGUUCACAAGGGGGGAGGGGUUCAUAUUUGAAAAUCAAUAGUAUUUACUUAUUCAAGAUAUAUGUUGUAGGGGUAAAAUAUUAAAAAUGGUUUUAAAAUAAAUUUUAAUCGAUUCCAUGAUUUUAAAAACAUAAAUCAAAUUCACUUAAAAUCCUAUAAAAUAAUUACUGGUUCAUGAAAAAAAAAAAAAUCACUGUAUGUAUACAAAAUAUAAACUUGUAUAAAUCUUAAAUUAUUCCUGUAGAUUUAUUUUUAACUUGGGGGGGAAAAAAGUAUCUAUUAAAUUCUAAAGUAUGUAUUAUAGAUGAAAAUAGAAAAUGUUGAAAAUUCAAAUGGAAUUAAUGAAAAAGUAUUGGAGUCAAAUGGAUUAGUUGAUCCUAAAAGUGAAGAUAAAGAGGUAUAUAUAUAUAUAUAUAAUUGUAUGUGAAUUAUAAUAUACAAGAGAAACUUGUAAAUUGAUAUAUCAUUUAGUUUGAGCAUAUUUGUAUUGUGAAUACACAAAAAAGAAGUAGUUCUCUAAUUAUUAAUUAAACAGAUUCAAAUAUUUUAAAUAAUUAAAAAUUUCAAUAUUUGUUAAUAUUCUAGAUUAAAAAACAACUAUUUGAAAAGAAUUUUAAAAAUGAUGGGAAAAAAAGUGAUGAAGAAAACAAUCAUUUUGAGUAUAAAGAUAAUCAAAAUAAUUCUGAAGAUGGUAAAGAAGAGCUGGAGUUGUCUGAAAUGAUUGUGUGUGAUGAAGUAACUGGUGAUACUGAUGAUGUAUGUCUACUGUUAACAUUUAUUUUUGAAUUGAUUUAAUUGUAUGUUAAUCAUUUUAUAUAAAUAUAAACAAUUAUUUAUAGGAUGAGAAUAAAAUAGACGUUGGAACAACUGUAACAGAUGAUAAAGAUAAGUAUGAGAAAGACAACAAAAAAUUGAAAAAAGAAUCAAAAGAAAAAGAAAGUAACAAAAAAAAAUAUGAUAAAAAAUCGGGUAACUAUUUUUUUUUUUUCAAAUUUUAUGUUAAGUUUAAUUAUUUAUUUGUAAAGAUAAAUUUUUGGUUUUGUAAUUAUGGAGGAUUCUUGACAAACUCAUAGAGGGGUUAAAAUAUUAUGCCACACAUUCCACUUUUUUUUUGUUACUGGGUACAUGUAAACAUUGUCAUGAGCCAUGAAGGGGGGGAGGGCUUAAGAAUCCUUAUAAUAUCAGUCUAUUCAUUUGUUCACAGCCGUACCAACCUUUCAUUGAUCUAUUAAAAUGAAAUUUGUAAUACAGUUGUAAAUUGACAACCAAAAAUCAGAAAUAGGUACUAAGAAUAAAUAUAUACUAAUUUUUGUUUACCCCAUUAGGUUGGUGUCUUUAGAUAGAGCUGCUAAAAUUCAAUAAGAAACGUUUAAGAACCAAAUGAUUUUAACUCUUUAAGUUACAAAAUAUUCACUUUCAAAGUUAUUAUCUAAGUGCCCCCUCAUAUAUUUGUUUAACUAUUGGUGCUAAAUUCCUAAACAAAAUUUUAAUUUUAGUUAACAUUUUCGGUGGAAAUUUUAAAUUAUAUUAAAGCAAAAAUAGUUAAUGAACAAUUUAAAAAUUAAAAUAAAACAAACAAUUUUACAUUAACUUGAUUUUGACUUACAAUUUGUUUUUAAUACAAUGUAUGGACACAUACACUUUUAAAGGGGUGACCUCUAAACCAAUUUGUAAUAGUUCUUUUAUCAUUAAGUAAUAAUUUCAUUCUAUUGAUAUUAUUUAAAAAAAAAAAAAAUCGACACCAUUAUUUGAUAUUAUAAAGUUAUGUAAUCUAGUUUGUAAAAAUUAAAAUAUUUUUGAACAUUUAUAAACUGUAUGGAUGCUAGAUACCCAAACAUUUUUCACACAUUAUUUGUUUGGCCCUUAAGCUUCCAACAUAAACAAACUAGUCAAUAUAAAAAGCAUAUUUUAAAUAUCAAGUUAUUUAUUUAAAUAUACUCAUUGAUGACUAGAAACAUUUAAAAACCAAGAUUCAUAAUUAAAAUGAUUUUAAUGAUGUCAAGAUUUAGUUAAAAAUUUAUGUAUUAAGUUUUAUAAUUAAUUUUUCCUUAAUUUAGUUUAUAUUGGUUAUGUAACUAAGUUUAAUCUAAAUUAUUAUUUAGUUAUAUAUAUAGAGGAGAAUUUAAUGUGUAUCUGUACGCGACGAUAAAUCAUUGCUAUCGAAAAAACGAUUCUAUGUAGUGUUUGCUUAUAUAUGUUUUGAAAGGCUGUAUUUACAAAUUUCAUAUAAAUUCGGUAUUAAAUUUCUUAUGAAAAAAAUAUACUUCUUUAAACUCAACUUUUUUUUGUUGAUCACAAAGUACAAUUUUAAAUCCUGUUAAAUUGUUUGGCAUUUCUGUUGGAUCUAACAAUUUUAUCCACAGAUUACCUACUGAAUAAAUAUUAUGUGAAAAAAUUAUGAAAAUUAAAAUGCUUAUAAAUAAAUAUAAAAUGGCACAAAUGUGUUGAAAAUUUUACCACGUCUAAAUAAGGCAAAUAUAAGUGUUAUAUUAAAUUUUAAAGUCUCUACAGAUAUUUUUAACUAAAUCACAACAAAAAAGGAAAAUUUAAAAUAAUACAUUUCGUAAACUGUCCUGUUUUCUUAAAAUACUGCUUAGAAAAAUUUCUUUCAGAAAAGGUGAAAUACUUAAAAAAUAGAGCAUGAUUUCUGGUAGAAAAGUUGUUCACAGAUAAAAAAAAUAAUAAAUAUAAUAAGUUUUAAUUUAAACAUCAUUGUACCAACUAAAAAUUUAAUCUUCUUCAAAGAACAUUAUUAUUGUUUUAAAAUAAAUAAAAUUGUUUAUUUAAGUAAAAAAUACUAUGUGAUUUAAUACACUAUGUUGGUUUUUUGUUCUUAGCAUUUAAUUUUGCCUUUAACCCAUACCCAUAUUUUAAUCUAACCCAUAUUUAGAUUCUAAAUCAAAAGAUCGUUCAAAAAAAGAAGAUUUCAAACGCAAUGACAAAAAACGCUCAAGAACACCAAGCAAAGAAAGAUCAAGCAAGGACAGUUCCUUAAAGAAAAGAACAAAAACUGUAUGCUAACACAAUAUUAUUGAUUUUUAUUUUAUUCUUAUGAAUGGUUUUUAAAUAUAAAUAUUAUUGUCUUAUUAGAUUGACAAAGAAAAGGAGUCCAAAAAACUUAGAGAGCUUGAUAAAUUUUGGCAAACUGUGCGUGAUGAUCCUUCUGAUUUUAUUGGCUGGACGUAUUUAUUACAAUAUGUUGAUACUGCGGUAAAUUUAUUCAAUUCCAACUAUACUAAUUAAACUAAUUUUUAGAUUCUGAGCAGAGCGAGGAAUGUAUUGGUUUUAUAAUAAUUAAUUUUUCUGUGUAUAACUUUUCUACUAGCAAUUCUGAUUUUUCUAAAAGUUAAUCUGAUUGAAGUACUUUAAGUAGUACUUAAGUACUUUUAUUACUUUAAGAAGGUCAUUUUUUGAUUUUUCUAAUAAAUGGGAAAAAAUGUAGGAAAAACUGGAAAAUGUACAAAAUGUAUUAUGUUUUCAAUUGUUUUAUUAUUAUUAUUAUUAUUAUUACUAUUCAGUUAAAAAUACUUGUAAAAACUUGAAGUUUGGAUAGAAAACUUAAAGUUGUCAUUUCUAGAUGUGGUAAUAUUUUUAAAACAUUGUACCAGUCAUUUUAGAGCCAUUUGCUGCAGACAUUAAUUUUCCAGGUUUUUUUUACAUAAUUUUUGUAAUUUUAGACCUAACAGAAAUGCUAGAAAAUUUAACAAGAGGUGCAUUAUGAGUUAUACUUUGUGGUCAAAAUAAAAAAAUGUAUUUUUUUUUUAAGAAUUUAUUAAAUUUUGAUGAAAUUCGUAAAUAUUAUAAAACAACACUAUUAACCAAACUCCGCUCAGAAUCAUUUUUGUUGACAAUGGUUCAUCGUUGGGUGUAAAUAUACAUUCAAUUUCCCCUCUACCUUCCCAAUUUAUAACCCACACCCACAUGGCCCUCUCAUCAUGCGAAGUAUGUCCAUAUUAUUUUAAUUGUAUAAUAUAUUUUUUAGAAAAAUAUAGAGGCAGCCCGUGAAGCUUAUGAUGCCUUUUUAGAUUUAUAUCCAUAUUGUUAUGGGUAUUGGAGAAAAUAUGCUGACUAUGAAAGAAAAAACGGUACUAAAGAAAACUGUGAAAAAGUGAGUAGACAUUUUUAUUGUUAUAUUCAAUUACAUCUAUAUUAAUAAAUGGGAGCUAAAUUAUUAAAAAACCUGGGUGCCAUAAUUUUCUCAAAUCCUCUGUUUAAAAGGUUACUAUUGAGUGAGCUAACAUACAGCCAAUAUUACUGUUAUCAUAUAUGAUUAUUGUACAUUUUAUAAUAUAUAGAUUGUGUAUUUCUUUUGUGUUUAAUAUUAGUUUAAAAUGAUCAAUGUAGUGAAAUAGAACAAUGUGAUAAUUGAUUUUUAUUUGUGUUAGUAUUUAUACUUUAUUAUUAAUUUAUGUAUAUAUUUUUUUAACAGUUUUGUAUCUAUCAUAUGUUCUAUUCAAUAAUACUGUUAAAAGAAGAAUAUUAUUUUUCAAUUAUAUUUCAUUAAUUUAUAAGCUAUUUCAUAGUUGUAAGGUUAGUUUUUUAUUUUAUAUUAUAGUUAAUAUUCAUAUAUAUGGUAGUAAUAUUUUCUAAAAUCAUUUUACAUUAUGAAGAAUUAAGAUAAAAGUAUUCAAGAUACUCAAGCAUUUUUUAUAUUUAUUAAUGAUAAUAAUACACCUAAAGAAUAUUGUUUUUAUUAUAAUAGUUAUUAUUAGGUAUUAUUAUCAUAUAAACAAAAAUUAUAGGAGUUUUAUAUUAUAGUUUUGUAUUUCCAUAUGUAACUUACUAUUGAUAUUUUCAUUUUAGUACCUCUAGCACUAACAGUAUUCUACUAUAGUUAAUAAUUAAUUUUAGACAAUUGAUGAAAUCAAACAAAUUUAUACUCAUCUAUACGGUUAUAAUACUUGUUUAAAUUAACUUGUAGUUUAUUAAUUCAAAUUAUUAUCAUUAUGCUAACAUAAUUCGAUUUUAAUUAUAAAAAUAUAUAUAAUAUAUUUGUAUCUAAGUGUCUAAUUAAUAUUAACAUUUAAGUUUAGUUACAAUAAGUAUUACCUUUAAGAUAAAAUACUUGACAUUUAUUUAUAAUUUUUUGAAGACGAAGAUACAAUAUUUUUUUCAUGGAUUUACACAGUUUGGAAGUAUCUACAUCUUAAUAAACAUUUAUCUCAAAGAAGGAAAUUCAUUUGUGUUGCUUUGUUUUCAAAAAAACAUGUCAAUAUCAUUCAAAAUACAUUUCUCAUGUAAUUCAAGCCAAGCUAACAAUAAUAUAAGUACAUUUUUGUGUUCAAUAAUUAUAUUCAAAGAAAAUGUAUUUUUUUUUCAAUAUACGUAUUCUUUAUUACUUAUGGUUUUGUAUGGUACUUAAAAAAAUUCAACAUUUCAGGUGCUGUGAUUGAUUUUAUCCUUUGCCUUAAACAUAUUUCCCUCUUAGUAAAAAUACUUCUCAGAUUUCUUUAUAACUAUUUUACAUGAUUUUAGUCUAGAUAUUUUUCAUCAGGUUGCUGCUGGAUAAAGCACAAAACUGCACGCUCCGUCUGUGGCCCAAAUAAAGCACCAUGUUCGCUAAAAAGCGUGAAAUAUAUGUUAAUUUCAAUUUAAAAUAGAAUUAAUUUUUAUACAUUUGUGUAUUAUUAACUAUAUAACAAAAUAACAUGGCAUGGUUUUAAACAAUAAUUAGGUGUAAGACAGAGAUAAUUGUGUUAAAUAUAUAUUGUAUUUACAAUUAAGAUUAAUCAUUAUGAUUAUUAAUAUGAUUAUUAUUAUUAUUAUUGUUAUUAAUAUUAUUAUAAUUAUUAUUAUUAUUAUUAUUAUUACUAUUGUUAUUAUUAUUAUUUAUUAUUACUGUUAUUAUUUUAACCAGUUUGUUAUAUACAUAUAUUUUUUUAUAACUUCAUUAAUAAUUAAAUUGAUAAUUGUUAAAUUUAAUUUAAUAUUAAGAAUACAUAAUAAUGCAGAAUUGGGACACCCGCCAAGAGCUGUUAUGGAUAUAUUUUGGGUAAGCGGUGAUUUAUAAAACUAGUUAUAAGGUUAUUUGUAAAUGUAUUAGAUAAAUACAAAUUUAAAACCCUUGGUUAAAGGCAUGAUUAUAUAUUUAAGUAAAAUAUAAAUUGUUCAUAAAAUAUUUAACAUUUAAAAUUCUUUAACGUGUAUAACUGUGUUCAGGUAUUUGAUCGUGGCUUAAAAGCAAUUCCAUUAAGUGUUGAUUUAUGGAUUCAUUAUAUGGGCUAUAUGAAAUCAGCCUAUCCAGAUGAUGAGGAAAUGAUUAGAGAGCAAUUUGAAAGAGCAGUGGAUGCAUGUGGAAUUGAAUUCAGGUACAUAUUUAUAUUUUUUUUUUUAAUUGAAACUUUUAAAUUAAUUGCAAUUUAUGAUUUAUUUAUUAUUAUUAUUUAUUUAUUAAAGAUCAGACCGGUUAUGGGAUCAUUACAUUAAAUUUGAAUUAGAUUGCAAGCAAUAUAUUAGGGUCACAGAUAUUUAUGAACGUCUAAUUGCUACUCCUACACAUGGAUAUUUGAAUAAUUUUGAUUGGUAAUUUAUUAAAAAAAAGUAUUGAAAUAAAUAUUAAUCAUUUUUCUUAAAUUUUGUGACAGUUUUAAGGAUUAUAUUAAAAAAUAUCCUAAAAACAAAAUUUUGGAAACUGUUAAAUUUUUGGAGUUAAGAAAAGAAGUACUAGCGGAGAUCAAGGAAACUGAUGCUAAAAAAAAUCAAAGAAAAAUUGAUUCAGGUUCUGAUUCUGAUGACUUGGCAGAUCCUAUGGAACAAGUAUUUUAUUAAUACCAUUUAUAAUAUAUAAUGCAUAAUUGUAUACAUUUAUUUGUUGAUUUUUAUUUUUUUAGCGCACUAAGGAAGAAAAUUUGAUGAAAGAAAAGAUGAUUGCUUCACGAAUAGCAGUACAUAAAUCUACUGCAGAAAUGGUGGCAUUACGAUUGCCUUAUGAAGAAAUGGUAAGUUUUAAACUUUUAUUAAUUCAUAUAGGUAUAUGUAUUCAAUUUUGAUUAUAUUUUAGAUUAAACGUCCAUACUUUCAUGUCAAACCUUUAGAAAGAUCUCAGAUUAGAAACUGGAAAGAAUAUUUAGAAUUUGAAAUUAGUCAAGGGGUUUACAAGCGUAUUGUAGUAUUAUUUGAAAGAUGUUUAAUUGCUUGUGCUCUGUAUGAAGAAUUUUGGACUAAAGUAUUAAUUCAAUAAAAUUAAUUUCAAUUUAAAAAAAAAGUUAAUAUACUGAUACAUUACAAUUCCUUUUUUAGUAUAUAAAUUAUUUGGAAAGUCUUGAAUCUAAUGAUCAGGAAGUUACUAAUCGUAUAGAAGACAUAUACAUUAGAGCAUGUACCGUGCAUCAUAAAAAUAAACCAACUAUUAACUUAACUUGGGCCCUCUAUUUAGAAAGCAAAGGUAAGUUUUUUGUUAAUUUGUUUUCAUAUUUUUAACUAAACAGCAUUUUUUUUAGGACAAUUCGAAAAAGCUGCUCAAAUCUUAGAUAUGUUAGACAGUGUAGCACCACACAAAAAGUUGAUUAUUCAAAGGAGGAUUAAUUUAGAGAGAAGAAGAAAAUGUUAUGAUAGAGUAUGUGAAUUGUAUGAACAUUAUAUUAGUACAUCAAACACUCCAUUGAACUCUAUUUUAUUGACGAUCAAAUAUUCUCGAUUUGUUUGGAAAGUAUGAGUUAAAUAUGUUUAAUUACUUCAUAUAAUAUUUGUGUAUUAUGUAUGUAAUAAUUCUUAAUUUUUUUAGAUUUUAAAAAACGCUGAUAAAGCUUCAAACAUUCUGUCUGCUGAAAUUGGAAAAAUUAAUGUUAGUAUUUAAUUAUAUAAGAUUAUUAAUUUUUAUUUUUAAAUUAUGACAAGUAUUUUUUGUGUUAAAGAAUGUACAAAAAAGUAGUCGUCUUUUAUUACAAUUAAUCGAAAUCAAAAUGAGUGAUAAUCCUGUGAAUGUUGAUGAUAUAGUCAAAUUGUUUGAUAGCAUUAUAAAUAUGAAGUCUAUUGAUAUUGACCAACAAGUUAUUUUUGCUCAGCGUAAAGUUGAAUUUUUAGAAGAAUUUGGCAGCAACAUAUUUAUGUAAGUAUUUUAAAUUUAUUAUGUAAGGAAUGGAUGUAGGUAGACAAUUUUUUAAUGAUUUUGAGUUAUUAAAUGUUUAGUACCCUAACUAGUAGUUUAAGUAUUUUAAAGACCCCUUACUUGUUAUCUAGUGUCAGUGUUACCUAUACAAGUCAUUAAUCAUUUUUUUAAAUUUAUUCUUAAUAUUAAAUUUAAUUCAACAUGAUAGUACUGUGUGUUAUUAUUCAUCUAAAGAUACAAGUAAUAAUAAUGUAUUGUUAGAAAAAAUUUUAAAUUUUUGAUGCUGCUCCAAAAGUGUAUCUUAUGGCGAUUCCAGUUCAGUAAUAACAUUAAGAAAUUAUUUAUACAUAAAAUAUAGUUCUGCAUAUUAUUACCUUUAAGGAAUAUUAACAAGGAAACAAUAUAUACAUCCUAUUAUGUAACAUUAAGGUAAAAUAUCGCAUAUAAUAUCUUUAAGUGCAAUAUUCCAUUUAAAAUUGUUUUCCUAAUAUUCAAAUGUCUACUUUAAUGUUUGACAAGUGUGUAUUUGAUUCUACUGCAGUACUUACUGCACUUGGAACUUUUGUCAAAUUGUAGUUUUUUUUUUUAAUUUAAUGAUUAAUUGAAUGUGACACCAUAAUAUAAGGAUAACCAUAAGGUAACAUUAUAAAUUAUUGGAAUAUUUUUUUUACAGUUAAAGUAUCAAAAUUUUUUAAAUUGACAAAUAUUUUUAAAAAAAUACUGUCAAUAGCAAAUUGAUGCUAUUUAAAUUAGUGGCCUUCAUCCUUUUUGGAUUAAAAAUUUAAUUAAUUAUUUUUGUUUUUUAUUACUCAUAUGUUACCAAAAAAAUGUAAUUUCCAAUUGAUGGUUGAUCAAUACUAUUUUAUAGGAAAUUUUUAAUUAUUAGUUCAAUAUUAUUAUUAUUUUCAUAUAAUUGUCUUCAUAAUAAACUAUAUAAAAUGCAUGUUAACUAUAUACUUUUUAUUAUUAUUAAAAAUAGUCAAUACAAAUUGAGUUUGAGUCGAAACCCAUCUGUUGUAGACCAUUGAUUUAAAAUAAUGUUCCUACUAUUCAAAUAGAUCAAUAGAAAUAAUAUUAUAUAAUAUCUCAAUUAAUAACGCACGUUAAAAAGGUUUUGAAUAUAGAUUGUUUAACUGUUUUUUUUUAUCACUUUGAAGUGCUAACUCAUUAAUUCAUUUUAAAAUUAUGAUAAUCUUUUAUAAGAUUAUAUAAACAAAAAAUAAUGUUACAUGAUAGGUAGAUAUCUAGAUAUAUACUUAAAUGAAAUAAAAAAAUAAUCAUAAAUGAGCCAUACUAUAAACAAAUUUUAAAUAGUCUUUAAUAAAAUGGUACUGAUAUUUAUUCUAUUUAUAAGAUAAUUGUUGAUCAAGUACAAAAAAAUUAUUUUUUAUCUAUAUUAAUAUUAACAUAUUAACUUUGUGAAGAGAGUUUAAAGUUAAUCAUUUUGUUCAGGUUGAUUAUAUUAGGUUAGUAUACGUUUAAUUUUAUUUGUUUUCAUUUAUUUAUUUAUAAAUGUAUACAGCAGUAUUCAAGUAAAAGGUAUUUUAAUGGCAAUAUUUAAUGAAAUCUUAAAUUUCAAAUAACCAUUAAUUUAUGUCUACAAAUCAUAAAAAAACAAAAUAUAUAAAUUACAUAAACAAUUUAUGAAAAUUAAAAAAAAAUAUGUUUAAUUACUGAUUAAAAGUUGUCACCUCUGUUCAUGUUUUUUAUCUUUCACUUAUCAAGGUUAAAGAUUAUAUUUUAAUGAUAAGAAUUAUUUAAAAAAAUAUUAUAUUAUAUUAUCAAUAUUCAACAGUUGGAAUCAUAUCCUUAUUCCUUAGUAAUAGUUAAUUAUUGAGCUGUGUUGUGACUGUGUUAUAUUUUUGUUCAUAAGUUUUCAAGAUGACUUUAAAAAGUUAUAUUCCAUAUUCUACUGAAUCACAUUUUCCAAUAGAAAAUUUGCCAUAUGGUGUAUUCUCCACUGUUAAGAAUCCAGUACAUCGAAUUGGAGUUGCUAUUGGUGAUAAAAUUUUGGAUUUAAAGUACACCAAAAAUAUUUUUGAUCAUUCAUUAUAUGAAAUAUUUCAACAACCAUCACUUCAUGGUUUAAUGGCAUCGAAUAAGUGUACUUGGUCAUUAGCUCGUAAGUCUAUACAGUCAUAUUUGAGUAUUGAAAAUAUUGAGAAUUUGGAAAAAGGUGUAUUUUUGGAUCAAAAUGAAGUCAUCAUGCAUUUGCCUGUUGAAAUUGGUGAUUAUACAGAUUUUUUCUCAUCAUAUUAUCACGCUUACAACUGUGGUUCUCUCAUGAAUCUUGCUAAACCUGUAGCAGACAAUUGGAAAAAUAUGCCUGUUGCAUACCAUGGCCGAUCUUCAUCAAUAAAUAUAUCAGGUACACCAGUUGUGCGACCCAAAGGACAGUAUCUAGUUGACGGACAAUUAACUUUUGGUCCUACCAAAAUGCUAGACUAUGAAUUGGAAAUGGCAUUUUUUGUGGGUGGUUCAUUAAAUACUUUGGCAGAACCUAUACCUACAGACAAAGCUUCAGAUUAUAUAUUUGGCAUGGUUCUGUUGAAUGACUGGAGUGCUAGAGAUGUACAGCUAUGGGAGUCUAAUUUCCUUGGACCGUUUCUUUCAAAAAAUUUUGCAACGACUAUUUCUCCAUGGGUGGUCACAAUGGAAGCUUUAGAAAAUUUCAAAACAGACAAUUCAAUACAAGAUCCAACGCCGUUGAAUUAUUUAUUGCACAAGACCAAAUUUAAUUUUGAUAUUCAUCUAGAAGCAAGUGUUUGUUAUGGGGAAUCGCAGCAAAACUAUCCAAUUUGUAACACAAAUUACAAGUAUUUGUACUGGACUCCAUUACAACAGGUUGCUCAUCAUACUAUUACUGGCUGUAAUUUACGACCAGGUGAUCUGUUGUCAUCAGGAACAAUAAGUGGCCCUGGAUUGGAAGAACGAGGUUGUUUGUUUGAGAGAACAUGUGCUGGUCAAUCCCCAGUGGAUUUAGGCAAUAAGAAGUUGAUAUUUUUUGAUGAUGGAGAUGAGGUUAUGAUAUCAGGGUUUUGCCAAGGAGAUGGAUACAGAAUUGGUUUUGGCAGCUGUAAAAACAAAAUUCUCCCAGCCUCAUAAUAGAUUAAAACUAUUAAAUACAUAUUUUCCAUUUACGUAUGUUAAACAUUUCAGAUUUCUACAUAUACUAUAUUUUAUAGAAUUUUUAAUUUUAGGUAUUAAAUUAAUAUUGAAAUGUUUUCUAAUAAAAUUUGAAUUGUAGCAACUUUAAACAUUUUUAAUAGUUAUUUUUAGGUCAUCGGUUUUUAAAACAUUUUUGAUUUGUAUACUGAUAUAAUUAUUUGAUUAAAUAACUGAAUGAUUAUUGUAAUUCACUGUUGAUUAUUCAGUGGUUCUCAAUUUAGAUAACAUAGACCUUUAUCUUAUAAAGUAGAGCCUAGUAGAUAGAUCACAUUUUCAUUUUUGGAGGAUAGGGAGGUGGUUAGUUAAAUUAUCUAUUACUUUUGUUAUAAACAUAAUUAGCAUUAAUAUUGAAAAAAAUAAAUAAUAUUUUAGUGAGUGUACUAUGAUAUGACAAUUAUGAUACUCUCGCUCUUUUCCAUCAACAUUAGUCAAAUGGCCCACUUUAUAAAAACCAAGAUUAAAUUUUACAUUUAUACUUACAAAAUUAUUAUUUUUCCUUCUAAUUUCUAACCUAUAGCUGAAAUAAAAUAUUGGUUUAAUAUUUUGCUGUAUUAUAUUUAUUAUUUACCCUUAGAAUUAAAUUAAAGUCUCUUAAGUUUCUUUAUUGAUCUAAAACCUAAAACUUCUGUGUGUUAAAAUAACUGCAUGUUAACAUGGUAGGGUAACGUAGUGUCUGUAUUUUGUGGAGAAGGUUAAUACAAAUAUAAAGAUAAUAUUAUAUAUGACAUAAUACAAUUAUAUUAUUUUAUUAAUCACAUUGAAUGUUUAUAAUUUUUCAUACAAAUUUAGGAUAAAUCAAGCAAUAGCAGAGUUAGCAAAGUAUUUGAAAAUAUCUAAUGACCGUGAGAAAAAACCACUUGAAAGUGUGGAAAAUUCCUGUAGCAUUCAAACAUAAUUUUUGCUUGCAUAAUAUAUUGGGUUUUUCAAUUAAUUAUUACAUUUUGAAUCUAUUUAAUGUAUAUAAAUCAAUAUUUAAACACUAUCUUAAUUGUUCAGUUAUGUUUUUUAAAAUGUAUCAUUGAUCUUGUAAUAAAGACUUGAAUUUUAAAACAUGUAAAUGUAUUUUAAAUAUAUUAAUAUUUAUGGAAGUUAAGUCGAUCACCUGAAUUUAAGUCCUUUCACAAAAAUAAUAUGUAAAAUGUGUUUGUUUACAGAUUAAUAGUUAUUAAUAUAAUUUCUAAUUUUUAAGUUCUUUUUUUAUGUUCUCUAUAAAAUCUAUAAUUAACUAAAGUAUUUAAUUACUAUAUACCAUACUCCUAUUCAAAAAAUUAGUUAUAGUACUUAUAUACAUUUUGGCUUUAACUAUGUUUUCUUAAAAAAAAAAAGAAAUUUUACAUUAUAUAUAAUUUGUAUAAAUGUAUUAGUUUAAUAUAAUAAACAAAUGAAUCUACAUUGUUACCACUAAAUUUGUUAGAAAAAUAUUUAAAUCAUAUUUCACAGUUAAGAGUUAGCUCCAACAUUAUUAAAAAUUUAUCUUCCAACACUUUUAUAUCAGCUGUUAAAUAAUAUAAAUAAUAAAACAAUUAUUAUUAUAAUUGUACAAUAUGUAUGUCUUGUGUAGGUUUAUAACUAUGAAUUACAUUAAUAAAUGUUAAAUAAGUAUAACUGACACUGAUGUUGAAUUUUAAAAACAUUUGUACAAAGACCAAAAUAGAUCUUUUGAACAAAUGUUUAUUAAUAGAAU